AUGUAUGUCAAGGACCAACCUUGGAACACUUAUGAAGCUCCAAAUACAGCAAGCUGGGCAUGGAAGUAUAUCAAUAAUGCAAAAAAGGAGUUGUGUGCUAGGUUACAAGGGGAUCAAUGGAUGAGAGAAUCAAGCUUCAGCAUAAGUAAACACUACCAGCAACUUCGAAGCAAUGGAGAGAAAAUUCAAUGGUGUAGGAGUGUCUGGAACAGAUACUCUCAGCCUAAGCACAUAUUUAUUCAGUGGCUAGCAAUGCAGGAUAGGCUCAAAACCAAAGCCAGACUCAAAGUGAUGCAGAUAAGCCUUGAUGAUACUUGUGAAGUCUGUGGCAGCAUGACAGAAAGUGUGGAACAUUUAAUGUUUGACUGUCAUUUCAGUAAACAUUGCACGAAUAAGCUGAUGGAGUGGCUGAAUGUGCCAUGGAGAGGAAGAAAUAUGAAUAUCCUGUGCAGAUGGGUGACAACAAGAUAUAAAAGCACCAGAGUUCAAAGACAGGUAAUCUUAGCUACAAUUGCUGCUGCCAUCCAUAGUAUAUGGAAAAAUAGAAAUCAAGCCUACUGGGAUCAUACUGUCAAUAUGAUAGAUCAGGUUGUACAGCAAGUAAAAUAUAGUGUUAAGCAUAGAUGCUUACAAGUUCUUAGCAACAAAGUGAGUGACAGAGAUAGACAAUGGGUGGAAACCUUGUAA